AUGGCAGAUAAAAUCAAGGUCAAGUCUAAUUUUGACAUGAAGGGUAACUAUGAACCUUCCGAUUCAGAAGAUGAAUAUACACCUAAAGAGAGAAGAUUACUGGAGAAGGUGCGAAAGAGAAAACAUGAUGACUCAGAGAGUGAAGAAGAAAUGUAUGCUUUUUCUGAAUCUGGUGACUCUGACAAUGAAAAGGAUGAUUUAGGAAUAGCAGAUAGUGAUGUAGAAGGACAAGAACAAUCUGAUGAUGAUUUACCUGAUUCAAAAGCUUGGGGCAAAAAGAAAAGAUCAUAUUAUGCAACUGAUUAUGUUGAUGAGGACUAUGGAGGUUUUGACAGAAUAUUACUUGCUGUCAGAAAUAACUUGGAGUUGCAUGUAACUGAAAUAAGGAACCAAAAGAAUGACAAGAAACGUAAAUCAGGAAGAGCAUCUCCAGAGUCUAAACCCAAGAAAUUGAAACUUCUAAAUGCAAUUGAAAAGGAUGAAGGUGAAGAUACUGGUGUUUCUGAUGAUGAAGAUCAAUAUGAAGGAAAUGAUUUAUUAAAAACCAACCAAGAUAUUGAUGUUCAAAGAAACAAUGAUGAAUCUGAAGAGAGUGGAUUCUCUGACAAUGAUGUUUCUCCUAAUGAAAUUGAGACUGAAGACAAUAAACCUUCUACCUCAUCACAAGAUAUAGUACCCGAAGAUGUUGGGGAAAAACGUGAAAUUACAUAUCAAAUUGCUAAAAACAAAGGCUUAACACCUCAUAGAAAGAAAGAUCAAAGAAACCCUAGAGUUAAACAUAAGCUUAAAUAUAGGAAGGCUAAGAUAAGGAGGAAGGGAGCCGUACGUGAACCCAGGACAGAGAUUACAAGAUAUGCUGGGGAAGCAUCAGGAAUAAAAGCCAAUGUUAAAAAGAGCAUUAAAAUUAAGUGA